ACCUUGUCCCUCGGCGCGCUAGACCAGGCUAUAAACAUUCCGCUGCCGCAGCACCCCUGUCCCUCUCCCCCGCCUCUCUUCCUGUCGCGCGCGCAGUAGUCGGGCAGCUUAGUUUUGGCUCGGUUAAUAAGAUGCUUUCUUCGGGAGUGGAUAAUUGCGGAUACUCUGGCGCCGUACCACGUCGAAUACCAGCUUCCUCCUUACGCUGAAAAAUCGGGCCAGUAUGAAAUAUCGCUAUCUCUUCUGAAAGAGAGAUACGGAGAAAGACAGAGGAGAGAGAGAGAGUGAAAGAGAGAUACGGAGAGAGAGAGAGAGAGAGAGAGAGAGAGAGAGAGAGAGAUUCGCGAACAACAGGCACCUGCAGUUUGAGGAUACACUUGAUUAUUGCACUGGACUUCGGGAAAAGGGGCAAUAAACCGAAGAAAUAACAUCACAGACUCAAGAACAGGAAGGGGGUCUGCUAACGAUUCAAUAGUGUCAUACGGCGAACGGGAACGCGCGCUGUGAUGCGGGUGCUGCGUGGCUCUGUUCGGUAGAGGUCGGAACGCCGAGCCGCGUCUGAUUACCCUGCUUCUUCGCAGUCUGCAUACAUACCAAACCCCUACGUAAUGGCAGUGAUAGCAACAAGACCGUGUUAGUGCGAUGGAAAAAAUAAAGAUAUGAACGAACGCAUCGAAUCCACGCGUAGAACGUAAGUGCAACUGCGCAUUUAGUCGAAGUACGUCGGGUGGCAGUUGGUGGGCACAGAGGCGCUCCUGUUGCAUUCCGCCGAGGUCCUGGCUGCAUAAACCAGAAACUUCUGUAGCGAAGCCGGAAUAUUAUCUGUUUUCCCGCGCUAUUAAUUUGGCAUCUGCGAGAUGAAGUAAUGUGAUUACCAAAAAGACCGCGCGGCAGACGAAGGGUGAAGGCAGGGCUGGUGAUGUGAGAUGAGUGGAUUCGGAGUAGUGCUGGAUCGCUGGAGGAGACUGAUCCCGGGAGCACAGCACCGAGAGGCAGACGAGGCUCACCUUUCGCGCUUGACAGUGCCGGAGCUCGGACUGGCUUCUUGGAGCCGCCGCGGCUCCUCUACCUGUGGUCACGGCUAGUACUGGGAUACCUUUAUUCACUUUCUCCGUCUGAUCUGGGAUGCUACUUCUGACUUUUGACGAGGACUAUUUCUAGAGCAUUUCGUCCGACCGUCAACAACAUUAGCACUAUAGGCUACGCAUGUGGCUAUUUUGUUGUGAACUGCAGUUAAGCCAAAAAGAACAGCGCGAGACGUGCUGCGUAUUUUCAGCGCUAAACAGUCGCGAAUAAAUCGUGUUUCGGGACAAAGUGCAGUUCAAAAGAGGAAGACAGCGAACCGUUUUACAUUAACUACACGCCCUGUUUCCUUUUUUGUUUAUCUUCUCGUUAUUUUUUUCGAGAUCUUUUUUUCUCGCUAGUUUGUUUUUAAGGGUAUUUACUAAAUGGAUGCGAAUAAGCGACCAGAACACUUGUCCCCCAGUUGAACGGAAUUAUACUGUGCAUCCCCAUCAUCGAUAACUUCUGAUCUGCGGGUUCGUUGUAGUUUGUGUGUUCACUUCACAUUUGCCUUGAAGGGUUCUUUUCACCCACUACUGGUAAGCAGCGGGGCAGCUGCGGGAUUAUUCACCGGGACUGAGGAGGAUGCAGGCCGGAAUGAGGACGCUAUGUGCGGGCAGCGGUGCGUCACUGUGCUGUCUGCUUCUGCUGUGGGUGAUAUACUCCCACCUUCUGAGAGAAGGCCAGCUGGCGGUGGGCACGUGCGAGAUCGUCAUGCUGAACCGGGACAGCAGCCAGCCCCGGCGCACCAUCGCCCGACAGACGGCCCGCUGCGCCUGCCGGAGGGGCCAGAUCGCCGGGACCACCCGCGCCCGCCCCGCCUGCGUGGACGCGCGGAUCGUGAAGAGCCGGCAGUGGUGUGAGAUGACACCCUGCUCGGAGGGUGAGGUGUGCGGCCUCCUGUACAACCGAUCCGGCUGGACCUGCACCAAGGGCGGGGGCCGGAUAAAGACGGUCACGCCUUUGCCCAAGGAGCCGUCUUAAAGUACACAGGAACCAAGGGGAGGUUUCUUGGCAGCCAUGGACUGAGGGGACCAGGAGCCAUUCACCAAGCCAGCAUCUGUAUUUCCUUCAUCCACAAAUCCCACAAUGCACCACUGCCUAGAGCGGAAACCUCCCACCUGACUCUGGCCGUCUUGUCGCUCCACCCAUAGCCACGCCCACCCACCCACCGAGGGAACGAAUCGCGUCGCAGCGUGACGAGGAGGCCUGCUGAACCCAAGGAGUACGCGGGACACGACUGGGAUUACCGCCAGGAACACGAACCUUCGGGUGUCGCGGAUCAACUACCCCCAACCCCCCCAACCCCCCCCCCA